CCCUUAUACUUUCUGCAGUAAUGUAAAGAUUAAAUGUAGAUAAAAUGACCAAACGGUACUCCAAUAGUCCAAUUUGAUCUUCUACCAACCACCUUGGAUUUUACUUCUUGUUGUGAAGACAGAAAACAUGAAGUUACAGUCAGUCAAUCACUUCUUUCUCCUUCUUCAAUUUGUCCAAAUGAAAAAACUCAUGUCAUGAAGCUUCUUUUCUCAACAACUGACAAUAGAUAAAAGGAUAGAAUAUGUUUCCUUUCCUUCUUUUCACUUUCACCAUCACCUUUUCAUCACACACAAAAGAAAAGAGGACCUUUCUAUAUCAAAAAAGCUUUCCCCCCAGCAAUCCCACAGCUUCAUCGAUCAGUACUUCCACAUAAAUUAACCAACAAAGACUCUUUCUGUUUCAUGCAGAACUCAAAACUUCUUCAUAUGGUACAAAACUUCAUAUGAUCAGUUAUGAUAGAAAAGUUCCAUCUCCAACUUCUUCAUAUGGGCUUUUCUUAUUGUUCUGUAAUUGUCAUGUUCUUUCUUUUACUAGCACCUGCAUCUUCAACAGCUUUGCAGAUUGAAACUCAAGGAAUAAAAUCUGCCCGUCUUCUUGAUCUUGUCAUCAGGGAUUACACCUUCCAAACUUACGAUAAAUCCUUUGGUACAGGCAAAUUACACACUGUAAGCUUACCAGCAAAUCUCUCCGGUAUCAAGGUAGAUACAAUUAGAUUCAGGUGUGGCAGCCUUCGAAGGUACGGCGCAAGACUCCAGCAAUUCCAAUUGAGCUCAGGUCUAACCAUCAAUCCAUGCAUAGAAAGAGUGUUGAUUGUUGCACAAAAUCUUGGAUCCAAUUGGUCAUCCAUUUACUACGACAACUACGAAUUAUCGGGUUAUCAGCUGAUUUCCCCUGUUUUAGGCCUUCUGGCUUACAAUGCAGGGGACAACAUCAAUUUCAGUAGUCCGUUUGAGGUAUCUAUUCAAUCAUCUGGGAGAGAUGAUCUGAUCAAAAUUGAUUUCACCAACACUUCAAUUUCAAAUCCCAGUUCAGGGAUCAUCCCAUUAUGCGCCCGGUUCGAACACGACGGAAAGGUGACACUGUCCAAUCAACAAUCACCAAACGUUUGUGUUACAUCAAAACAGGGGCAUUUUGGGUUGGUGGUUGAAUCUCCAUUGAUCCCUUUUAAAAAGAAGGCAAGUAAAUGGAAGAUAGCUAUAGGGAGUUCCAUUGGAGCUGCACUUGGAGCUUUCCUUUUGACAUUGCUGUUGAUAGCAUUGUUUGUGAAAGUGAAGAAGAAAGCAAGAAUGGAAGAACUGGAAAGAAGAGCUUAUGAAGAGGAAGCUCUGCAAGUGUCCAUGGUUGGGCAUAUCAGAGCUCCAACUGCAUCUACAACUCGAACAGUGCCAGUAAUUGAGCACGAGUUCAUACCACCUCCUCCUCAUAGACCUCAUCGAUGAAUUUGUUUAUUUCAGUUUUUCCAUGAACAAACAAAACCAUUCUUUUUGUGUCAUAUCAUUUUGAAACUUAAUUUAGAAUUUGUCUUUUUUUUUUAGAAUGGAAAAAACCAACAUUUCAAAAGCUGACUAAUUAAUUGAUGUAUGCAUUCAUCUAACCUGACUGAUUCAUCUUUUGUAACAUCUUUCUCUGCAAAUUGAUUAGCUAUGUUUAAUUGUUGUUGCAUAUGACAUUAUAGUUGUUCUUUUUUUUCUUUUUUUUUUCCCUGUGAUGAAAAGAAUUGAGUUUGAUGUGGAUAUGUCACGCUCCAAACCAAUAAGUAGUAAUGAUAUCAAUACAAUGAUGGGUGUUUGGUUUGCAUGGCCAAGGAAGAGAGGAUGUGUUUGCUUUGAGCAUAAUUUUAUGGCGUAAUAUAAUAUGCAAUGGUGGACAUCAAUUCCUUUGUCAAGUAGAUUUUGCAAUUGGCAAAAAUUGUUAGCAUUAUUUUUAUUUCGAAAUAAUUGUCCUGUUUGAAUUUUUAUUUAAAGUACAAAUUGUUUUUAAAGUAAAAAUUUAGACUGCACAAUCAAUUAGGAACUAAUGGAGUUAUGGCUGUAAUUGUAUGUUGGUUCUUAAUCUUCAAAAUUCUAUUUUUGAUCCUCCAUCCUCAUAAAAAUGGGUUAAUUUGAUUGUGCGGCAUUUAUCGUCUUGAUUAUUAGCUUAUUACUCCAUUUGUUUUAAAAUUAUUGUCCAAUAUAUACUUUUAUUUUAAUUUCCCUUAAUGUAAUUUGCACUAAGAAUACC